CAGCGUAUUGAGCUUGGGUUGGCCGUAGUCUUUUUCUACAAACAAAAAUUAUAAUCCAUUCGAUAUCAAUCUAGUAAUGCUCGAGCCAGAUGUUCAUUGAUGAUAAACGCUUAGUUGCGAUACUGGAUAUUUAACUGACGCUUCACCAGCCAGUCACCACCUAACUGGCGAAUCAAAUACAGUUGAAAAUAUGAAAUGCAGCAAUGGUUAAAAAUAUCCUUGUUACUGUGUACGUUUGGCUUUUUGAAGGAAAUGCGCCCCAGUGAACCAUUCGUGGUAGAUUACUUGGCUGGACCAUGGCGCAAUAUUACUAUGACGGAGGUCGUUCAAGAACUCUUACCAAUUGGCACAUAUUCAUACUUGGCACAGUUAGCUGUUAUCUUCCUAAUUACGGAUUUGCUGCGAUAUAAACCGCUUAUUGUUGUGAAUGGUUUUGCGGGGAUAAUUGUGUGGAGUAUGCUGAUAUGGACUACUUCACUGCAGACACUCAAAAUUAUGAUGGUGUUUUAUGGAACUUACUGUGCAGUAGAAAUCGCGUACUAUAGUUACAUUUACGCCAAGGUAGACCGAGAACACUACAACAAAGUGACAUCGCAUUCUCGUGCCGCAAUCUACGGUGGGAAAUGUUUGGCGGGCGUUCUAGCGCAGACAUUAGUGUCCUUCGAGGUAAUGGAUUACAAGAGACUCAACUGUAUUUCUCUAGUUUCACAAAUCUUUGCUACUAUAUGGGCUUUGCUUCUGCCCUCGGUAAUGACCAGUAUGUACUUUCAUCGGGCAGCUCUAUCAACCGGAGUCAAUGAUUUUUUGGAACACACCGAACGGAUAUCCAAAUCAGCCAGUACGGUUCCGUUGAAACGCAAAAUCAUUUCUGCAUUCCUUCUAAUUUGGAUGCAUUUCAAAUCAUCCUACACAAAUCUUGCGGUGCUGAAAUGGAGCAUUUGGUAUGCAAUUGCCAUGGCAGGAUACAUACAAAUAAUAGCAUACGUUCAGGCGCUAUGGAGUGAGGUAGAUCCCAAUCAUAAGGCAGUUUGGAAUGCUGCUGUCGAGGCGACUGUAACCUUACUCGCUGCUAUUGCUUCACUGGUGCCAGCAUACAUACACAGUGGUUUGUUGAAACCCAGAAGUAGUCUAUUCACGCUAUCCGUCUUAUCUUUGGGACAAGGCGCUGCCAUGAUGAUGGCUGCCACUACCAAUCAACUGAUUGUUUCAUAUCUUGGUUGCAUGAUCUUCUGCAUACUGUAUGCAUUUACGAUAACCUUCGUAAGCGCCGAAAUUGCAAGGAACACAUCCGACGAUAGCUUCGGAUUGGUGUUUGGUUUUAACACGUUGGUGGCAUUAUCCCUGCAGGCAGUGCUGACGUUUGCGGUAACUGAUUCCGAUGGAUGGUUUGCACUGAACAUCUUCAAACAGUUUAUUGUCUACAGUUAUUACUAUGUUACUCUAGGCGUUAUUUAUUUAGUAUUUCUUUUAGGUGAAAUAUUCCAUAAAGUUUUUAUGAAACGAACGACUAACAUAAUAAAAUUUAAAAAUAAUGAAAUGUAG